UGCCGGGCCUCAGACGCGGUGGCGCGGAGCGUGAGCCCCCGCCUGCCGUCCCGUCGGUCGGAGCGGGCCCCGUGGAGCGGGCCGCGAUGGGGUCGGGCUGAGCCGCCCGCCGCCCACAAGAGCGCGGCCGCGGAUGGCGGGGCCGGCGGAGCUGGGCCCCGAGGCCGUGCUGCGCUUCCUGGCGGCGCGCGGGGGCCGUGUCCGGCACGCCGAGCUGGUGCAGCACUUCGCGGGCGCCCUGGGCGGCGAGCCCGAGCAGCGCGCCCGCGCCCGCGCCCGCUUCAAGGAGCUGGUCAACGCCGUGGCCACGGUGCGCGCUGACCCCGCCGACGGCUGCAAGUACGUGCACCUCAAGAGAAGGUUCUGCGAGGCGGCCGCGCCCCCGCCGGGCCCGCCGCCCGCGGAGCCCGAGCCACCGGAGGCGGCGCCUCCCGAAGCGCCCCCGGGGCCGGGCUGCGGGCCGCACGACGGGCAUGGGGAGCUCGCGGCCGCCGCGCUCCGGCCGCCGAGCCCGGUCGGCGACAGCGGGAGCGGCGGGGCCCGGAGGAAGAACUCGCGGCGCGACGCGCAGCCCCCGCCCCGUGGGCCAGCCCCUGGCCCCGGCGAGGACCUGGAGCCCGCGCCCCACGGGGAGGAGGCGGACGGGGGCAGCCCGCCCGGGGGCAUCGCCGCCCCGAGGUCCACCCGCCAGAACCUCCGGGACCUUGUGAUGGGCAGCUCCCCCCAGCUGAAGAGGAGCGUCUGUCCUGGGGGCAGCAGCCCCGGGGGCUCUUCUGCUGGAGGGCGCUGCAAAAGCGGGGGCGACUCGGACAGCGCGUCCGUCGCUUCGUCGUCGGCCGAGGAGGAGAGCAGCGGCGGGGGCUCGGUGACGCUGGACCCUCUGGAGCACGCGUGGAUGCUCUCCGCCUCGGACGGCAAGUGGGACGGCCUGGAAGGCUUGCUCACCUGCGAGCCUGGCCUGCUGGCCAAGCGAGACUUCAUCACAGGCUUCACCUGCCUGCACUGGGCCGCCAAGCACGGCAGGCAGGAGCUCCUGGCCAUGCUGGUCAACUUCGCCAACAAACACCAGCUGCCAGUGAAUAUCAACGCCAGGACAAGCGGAGGCUACACCGCCCUGCACCUGGCAGCCAUGCACGGGCACGUGGAGGUGGUGAAGUUGCUGGUGGGGGCCUAUGACGCGGACGUGGACAUCAGGGACUACAGUGGGAAAAAGGCCUCUCAGUACCUGAGUCCGAGCAUCGCGGAGGAGAUCAAGAACCUGGUGGGAGCCCUGGACGAGGAGGACGGAGAGAGCGCGGCCGGCAGCGGGGGUGGGCGCUGGAGGCUUUCCAAGGUGCUCCCCUCACAUCUCAUCACCUACAAACUCUCCCACGUCCUGGAGGAUGGAGGGGAUCAUCACCACCAUCACCACUUGGCUGACGGAUGGGCUGGAGGCAAAGCAAAGGAGCAAGGUCGCAAAGCCUCAGGCAGCUCCACUGGGCGGAUAAAACCCCGACUCAACAAAAUCCGUUUCCGAACCCAGAUCAUCCACACCACACCGUGCUCUUUCCGAGAUCCGGAGCAGCCGCUGGAGGAGGGGGAGGAGGAAGAGGAGGAUCGGUCUCUUAAAGGCCACUCCUCUUCAUUCAAGUUGAGACCGAAAUCCAAUGUAUUUGGGUAAAAACAAUUUCUUUUAGAAAAUUCUAAGAUUUAUGUGGCUUUAGGAAUACCAUAUUAGAUGUAGGUGAGGAAGUGAGGCAGAAAAGACUUAGGAUAAAUUCUCCAUCCUUUCUUGGGGGCUGGAAUAGGUGAUAGGAAUUCCCCCCCAGUAUUCUGGGUGAAGGGGAUUUCCAAAUGCUUCAUCAAACCUUGACCUGGGCCUCUUUUCCCCAUGCCACCCCUCUGCCCUGGAGUCCCUGUUUCUAAGGACCAGAAAUCUAUCUACAUUGGGGGUGCAGAACUGAUGACUGAGGGUUCCUUUGAGUUAACCAUUGCUGGAUGCCACGUGAAGUAAGGAAUAUUGCACUUCUAUGUGUGUUUUUAAAAGUGUUUACUCUUCCAAGAGCAACAAGAAAUGCAAAUUGUAAUGAAACUGGUAGUAUUUGUGAGUGUGAACAAACUAUAUACUGCCCUGUUUUUUUACUACAGUAAUUGAAUUUGCUUUUUAAGAUACUACUGAAGGUUGAGUCAAAGUUGAAACACAAAAUACUAGUUAGUGAAUAAUGUGAAUAAAAAUGGAAAUCCUCUUGGCAUCCUAUUUGUAUUGCAAGUAGUGUUCAACUAUUUUUUUUUAAAGCAAUUUCAGCUUUAAUCACUGAACUAAAGAAAUAAGCAACAUUCACCUUUGAGUUAGUCCGCAGUAUGGUUUCCUCUUAACUAUAUUUCAUCCCACUGCACUGAGUGUUGAGGUACUUUAUUAACUACACAAUUUUUAUUUAAAAUACUUUUCACACUCUCUGGUACUUUAAGUAAAAUAUUGCCUCUGGUUCUGAUUCUCACUGGUUUUGCUAUUCUAAAAGUCUAAAUUUGCCAGAGUUUUUGUUCUGGGGAUCAUAUAACCAUUGGAAUUAUUUGACAUGACCCUAUUUGAUGGUGCUUAGAGUUGAAUUGCCUGCAGAAACUGUUUCUGGUUUAGACAGCAAAAAUUGGCAUAAAUGUUAGCGUAUGCUUCUGUGAAGUAAUUAUUAAAUCAACUCAAUGAUUCUCAAGGUACGCUUUUUAUUUUACUGAUACGAUCCAUUCAUAGUCUCUAUGCUUUGUAGUAGUGUUUUGCAAAUGUUUAAAAUACAAAGUCGUUUCAAUUUUCCAGCGUUUCCUUGAAUCUCUUAGAGACGUACAGUGAAGUUACUGACAAGCUGAAUAGUAAAUCUACUCUGUUAAGAAUAGCACUUUAUAAAAGGGAAAAGAGAAGAGAUGGAACUAUUUCUAUAUUUCAAUGCUGCUGGCUAUUACAUUCCUUUGUUUAUAAAUGAAAAAUACUUCUCAUUAAAAUUAGAGACUUGUGUGGUUUUUAAUUUCUUUCAACUCUGUCAGAGUAAAUGUCUUUAUGGUGAUUGUAAAACUUAAUUCAACAUAUUAAAUCGAUUUGUAACAAGAUGCAAAGCAACUUUUGUGGGAGACUCACCCCGACAAGUCCGUCUCCCGUAGUCUUUUUGGUCUUAUAAUUGCUGAAACGUAAGUACCUGCAACCUGUAGAGAUUAAGGAGUGACUCACCAGCUUGCAGAGCGAGUGAACCAAUAUGUGAAUUGCACAGGACUGCACUGUUCAGAGAGUUCUUAGAUCUUUAAUUUCUCAAGUCGUAGAAAUUUGUAACGAGUUGGUCACACCUCUCUAGAUAGCAUCUGAAUUUGUUUGAAGACUGAUGAAAAGCACAUACAAUAUAUAAACUAUUAUCCAUUUGUGUGCCUUCACUUUUGUUUUAGGAUAAUGGAAAUGGACCACGUACAUUUCAGAAGCACUUUUAUCCAUACAUGUGGGUGAAAAAAUCUAACUUUGUAUAAAUUAACAAUAGGUUCCUCAAAGGUGAAGAACAGUCGUUCGUUCUGAAUCAUACAUGUGACCUGUAUCCAGUGCAGAAUAACCUCCCAUCGAGGAAUCUUACGUUCCAUUGACAUGUAAAGCUGAAGUGAACUAUAGAGCAGACACUUCAGAACCAUCCAUGUGUUCUCUUGGACGGUCAGUAUUCUCAACUGUGUGUGUUGGUAACUGCACAAAAUCUAUAAUUUGCUAGAUCUUUAGAGAUUGAGUCAAUACUUCAUUCAAUUUGCCUUUCACACUAAACAGUUUAACUUUUUGGAUAAAGUAUACUUUAAAUUUUCAAAAAUCAUUCCUGAGGGGAACUACUUCUGGCAUUCGUUGUCGUGAUGUGCUCGUGUGAAGUAAAUGUAGCAUUUUCAGCUACUUAACUCUACAUUCCUCUUAUUUUCAGUUUCCAAAUUGAGAUUAUAAAAAGCAAAUGAUUUGUGUAAUUUGAUAUUUGUGGCAUUGUGUCUACCGUUAAUGGGAAUAUAAAUGUCAGUUACUUAGAUGUUUGUUGAUGGGAAGCUGAUUAGAAAACCCAGGUAUGUCCAUGCGUUUCUUACAGGUACGCUUGAAACUAGUGAAUGUUUGUCACAAUUGUUUUCACUUUUAUGGUGUAUAAAAUGGUAUUUUGGAGUCCAAGAUGCCUUGUCUCUUAUUUCUAAAAAUAAGUAAGUGAAAGUUUGGGAGUUUCAAAUGUAAAAUUUAUAGUAAAUUUUGUUUUAUCAAAAUAAAAGGUUCACACUAGA